AUAUCUACUUAAAGUAUAUGGUAUUGCCCUGAGUAUAGCAGGGUCUGUGUUACAAAGGUCAUUCAGGCGUAAGCAGCUAUAAGCCUUCGUCACCAUUGCCUCAGCUCAGGAAGAUGGGAUUAAGACAUGUACUUGGAAGGAGACACAGGAGAGGCUUUUCCUAUUCUUAGUCUGUGUAGGUAGCAAUAACUACUCUUGUGCACUAGACCCAUGUCACAUUAGAUACCGUCUCUGUCAUCAAUGCUGUCUUUUUGAGUGAUAUUUCUUCCUUCCUCUCCGAACAAGCCUCCUCAUACCUGUCAGGAUGGAUCUCGGCAAGGCGAAGCUGCUGAGGACAGGUCUCAACACUCUACACCAAGCCAUCCACCCAGUGCACGGUCUAGCAUGGACUGACGGCAAACAGGUCUGCCUAACAUCUCUCUACUGCAUCAAUAGCGAGGUGAAGUUUGGAGACACCAAUGUCAUUGGGCAGUUUGAGCACGUCUUUGGGCUCUACUGGGGUCCGCUUUGCUGUUCUGGGUCUCCUGCCUUGCUGGCUGUUCAGCACAAGAAACACAUCACUGUUUGGCAGCUGCAGCUCAGUACUCUUGAGCAGAACAAACUGCUGUGCACUCAGACCUGUGAGAUGAGCGAGCCUUUUCCCCUGCUCUCCCAAGGCUGUGUCUGGCAUCCUAGAAUGGACGUCCUGGCUGUGCUGACCAAAAAGGAUACCUCUGUGUUAUUCUCUGUUAGGGUGGACAACAGGAGAGUCAAAGCAGACAUUAAAGGUAGUGGGCUAAUCCACUGUGCCUGCUGGACUAAGGACGGAACACGACUGGUGGUGGCCAUUGGUAGUGCUCUACACUCUUACAUCUGGAAUGACAUCCAGAAGACUCUGGUUGCCUGCUCCUUUUGCCCCAUCUUUGAUGUGGGAGGCUACAUCUGUGCCAUUGAGACCACGGGGGAGGCUCAGGUAGCUGUGGCUACAGAGCUGCCUCUGGAUAAAAUCUGUGGGCUGAAUGCAGGAAUAGCUUUUGAUAUACCCACUGAGCCAGAGUCAGGACAUGGUCAGGGCACGCAUAUGGUUGUGUCAGAUGACAACAGCUCUGUGGAUUCUAGAAGGAGGUCAUUUGAAUCUGAGAAGUGGAAUGUCUCAGGCUCAGGCCCAAUAGAUCUUACCCAUGUCCUUGCGAGGCAUCGUCGUUCUGAUCCCAGCCCCCUCAUCCACCUCCGCCGCCGGGACACUCUGACAGGCUCUGGCCAGGACUUCUCCCACCUCAUCCUGGUUACCUACGAACGCAAGGUCACCACCACCCGUAAAGUGAGUAUCCCUGGGAUCCUGGUCCCAGACAUUGUGGCCUUUGAUCCCCAUGCUUCCACAGUUGCUGUAGCUUCCAAUACCUGCAACAUGGUGCUGGUGUACUGCAUCACAGCCGCAGCCAUGCCAAACAUCCAGCAGAUCUCUCUGCAGAAGAACGAGAGGCCCAAAGGGAUAUGCUUCCUAAACGACAAGUUGUUGCUGUUGAUGGUGGGCAGACAGAAGACCAAUGACCCUGCUUUCCUCCCAUCGUCCAACACAGAUAAAUACAUUCUCCGACUCAUGACCAAAGAGCUUACGUACGAUGGAGAGACCCCCUUAACGUCACCUUCCUCUCCUUGCAGUCCUGGAUCCAACUCUAAUUUCCAUGCAGGGAUUAGAAGGCACUCAGAGCACCUGUCCAAGGAUGACAGGGAGCGUGUGGGGAUAAAGGACUUGAUGCUGCCUGGAGGAGGAGUAGUUCGCUCCCCAGGCAGCAGGCGCAGGCUGGUGGAGGAGGUGAGGAGCAGUGAGCCCAGCCCUGUCACCAGCUCAGUGGAUUUCUCUGAUCGUGCAUCAGACAGACCUACCUCCAGUGCCUCCUCCAUCACGGUUGAGAAUUUCGACAUGGACCACAUCAAUCGCAUUGCCAGCCUUGCGGUGGCCGGCCAUGUCAGCAGAGAUUCCAGCCGAGCCAGUUCCCCUCGGCAUGAGCCAGCGGACAAAGUCCACACAGAGUCCACGCUGCCUCUGCUCGACAAGAACUCUGGUUUUGCCAAGGACCGCUCACGGGAGCAGCUGAUUCAGAGCAUGGAGAAGCUUUUUACUCGUUUUGCAGAUGUGCAGCAGUGCCUGAACGAAAUCAAAGAUUAUACCCAGAACGGGAAGAAGGCUGUCGGCGUCUACCCCAAUGCCUGUGAUCCCCCUUAUGUCAAUGUCACAUGUCAGAGGCAGUUGUCAGAGAAUGUGUUCAUUGAUGAGAGGAGGCCAGUGCUGCUGUGUGAUGGGAAGCUGUGUCUGCGGGUCCUCCAGGACCUCUUCAGCCUCACCAUCGUGGAGAUGAUGUAUGGCCCAUUGUGGAUUGUGCUGGUGGCAGAUGCAGAUGGCUUUGUACCUCUAACAUUCAAGGCCAAAGAGGAACUCACAGUGCGGAACGGGAUGAGGAAAACAGCCCUGCGGCCCAGGAGUCCAGACGGCUCCUGCGCUCUGACCCCCAGCCCCAGCCACAUCCUCAGCCACAGCCCCAGCACAGUCGUAAGCCCCAGCACAGUCGUAAGCCCCAGCACAGUCGUAAGCCCCAACACAACCACUGAAGCCUCCAUAUAGUGCCCCAACACAUGCCUCAGCAUAUGGACUCAUGCAGUCUUCUGCCCAUUUCCCAACUACAUUUCACUGGAAUCAAGACAAGUAAAGCAGAAGUAGUAUCUGGACAUGCAGAGAGUCACAGUGGCAGAUAACCAAAGCACAACAGUUAUGAAUACAAGCCUCUUUGAUUUAUUUUUGUACUGGAAAUCUUUUGCGCUUUUGAAAGGGCUGCCUUUUCAAAUGCAAUGUUUACAUGUAGCUGCUUUGAUGUAAAAGCUUUCAAAAACGUAAAAGAAAGUUGAGCAAUGAGCUCUGCAUGUUUGGCUAUGCUUUUUCUUUAUCUAUAAAGACCCAUGAUGAUGAUGAUAAUGAUGGGCUGAAAUAAUAAUUUUAUUGUCAUCAUUUUUUUUUAAACUUAUGACAGCAGUUAUGCAGUUUAUAAGGCCCAAUCGAGAAUUGGCGCAUAGCACCUCCUGCUUUGCCCUGAUUCUCCACUACUGGCUUUGAACAUAUUCAGAGAUUAAAGACAUGUUUUCAAUUUGAAAAUGAUAGUCCUAUGUCCUGCUGCGCUUACAUUAUGUAAGAAAUAAACCCAUGUAAAAAAGUGUAUUUUGGAGAUGUAAAUGUUUGGCUUGUGUUUGUUUUAUUUGUAAUCAUUGGAGAAAAAUGGACAUGUGUUUUAAGCUAAAUAUGGGGGUAUCUUCAGCUGUGUGCACAGAAGAAACCCCUGUACUUCUAGAAUCAAUGUGAAUGCAGUUAUAUCUAAUUUUACCAAUAUGAGUUACUGCCUUAGCACUCUUAUGCCGAUAGUCCAUGUUAAUCCCAUUGAUUUUGACAUUGUUCCGCAACCCUCUAAAAUACUGUUUUAUCUUUACAAAUAAACAGCAGCAGAAGAAUUUUUUUUCCCUCUGAGGCAUAAUGUCAUUAAACUCUUCAGUACAGCCAAACACUAGAGGGAGCAAGACUCAAGAGGAACCUGUCAACACUGCACAACAUUGUUUGGUGUUUUGAACCUCAGCGCACAAAGAAUUUUGUUGUGUUGGAGAGGAGGGACUCGUGAAAAAUAAACUCAGCUUUUAGAAGUAUG